GAAAGCGGGGAGGUCUCUUGGACGGAGAUGAUGGCCAGGAGUUUUUCCAAAAUGGACAGGGAAAUUACCGAAUGGAGCAGUGGCGCAGCCGGGGUUUCAGCCGCCACUUGCCGCUGCGAACUACAAACUCCUCGUCGUGACACCGUCGGAUCCACAGCUGUCGUGGCGGUUGUAUCACCGGACAAGAUAAUUGUGUCCAACUGUGGCGAUUCGCGGGCAGUUCUUUGCCGAAAUGGUGUCGCAAUUCCACUCUCGACCGAUCAUAAACCGGACCGUCCCGAUGAGCUUAAUCGGAUUCAAGAAGCCGGGGGCCGUGUUAUUUAUUGGGACGGACCGAGAGUUCUUGGAGUACUAGCAAUGUCUCGUGCAAUUGGCAAUAACUAUCUGAAGCCGUACGUGAUAUCGGAGCCGGAGGUGACCAUAACUGACCGGACGGCGGAUGACGAGUGUUUGAUUUUGGCCACUGAUGGUCUAUGGGAUGUAGUGUCAAACGAAACAGCCUGUAGGGUGGCGCGUAUGUGCCUUCAAUCACGUAAGCCGCUCAGUGACAGUGCCGGCGGAGAUAGCUCCGAUAAGGCUUGUUCGGAUUCAUCAAUUUUGUUGACCAAGUUGGCCUUGGCGCGACAUAGCGCCGAUAAUGUUAGUGUUGCCGUGGUUGAUUUGAGAAGGGGCCAUUAGCGGCAUCAGUGGUGAAUUUUUAUUUUUGGGUUUGUAUUUUAAUUACUUGAAUAUAUACCUUGGAAGAGAAGGAAAGUGAGUAAAAGAUGCAAAUGAUGUUGAAGCCUAAUGUUCAAAUGGCAAAUAUCCAUACAUUUCAUCUCUAAACGAUUUAACAAG